CUCUCCCUCCCUGGACCAGUUGGUAUUUUUUUCUGUCAGGAACAGUGUUGAGUCAGAGUGGCAACAGCUGGCUUCCUCUUGCACUAGGCUGGUGGCAUAGGUCCUGACAGGGCCAGCCUGGCUUUAGUUCUCUCAGCAGCCCCCAGCCCGGACUUUUGGUGUCUACCUCAGCCCUGCAAGGACCUGUGGGCGCUAGCAUUUUGACUUCCACUGCAGCUUACAGUUUCGAGGUCUUGUAGCUUCUGCGGCAGCUGAUGAAUGGAAAGCGAGAGCUGGCCAGGUGUGAGAUGUUGGACUCGGCCACCUUGCUCUGGGCACGGUGAUGGGCACUCUGGUUCAGGCCCCGGCACAGUUGCCAGUUCCCACACCAGAAGUUCUUUUGGUUCCUCAGUAAUGGUUGGUGCAGGGGCUAAGAGAGGGCAAUGCUCUUUAUGAUGUAGAAUUUUCCCCUAAUUCCUCCAAAUCUGGAGGCUGAGCAGGAAGCCAGAGAGCACUCACCACCAGCACUGUGGAAGGGGGCCAGCAGCCGGGAGGGGCUGGGGGCUUUCCUGCAGAAAGGGCUUCCUGGCCCCUGGUCUGGAACGUGUGAGCAGAGGUGGGGGUGGUGAGUCUGGGCAGGCCUGUCUGAGCUGGCGCUGCGGGUGGGGUCAGUAGGUCCUCAGCUCGGGGCCCCGCUCCCCAGUCUUUACAGAGGAAGGGGUGCUGGGGGUCGCAAAUUAUGCUUUCCUCCUUAGUGUUUAUUUGCACAGGUGCUUGGCUCUGGGCACUAUGUUCAGAGGCUACCUGGUUUCCCUUCCCUGGGUGCCACCAGAAGUCACUGUUGUGAUCCUGUGGGAAGGGGUGCCCCUCACCCUCACGGGCUUGGGGUGUAAGGAGGCCUUGGGAGGUUUUCCUCUCCAGCUGUGGCGGAGAGCACGAGGCUCUCAGGACUUCACCUCGCAGGUAUAGGGCCUCAGCUCAGCCUUGUUCCUCAGCUGGGGUUUCUGGCAAGCCCCGUGUGCUGGCCCAUAGUGCCCUACCGGCCUCUCCUGACAGCUCUCCGAGGCAGGCCCUGCCAGUGUCCCUUACAGACAGGCCUAGGCCUCGGUGCCCAAGGGAGAAGCCGGGGGUCGUUUGUUUGUACUUUUGACUCUGUGCUGUGCUCUGCUGUCUCCUGGGUGGCCCGGGGAGGGGAUACAUCUUCUUAAGUUUUCCCCGGGAGGUUCACGAGUAGGAGAACUUGCCUCCUUUGGGCUGCGUGACCAGUGUGCUGCAGGGGAGACAUUAGAGCAAGUGUCCCGGAGUGACGCUGUGGAGCCCAGUCACAGCUCGAGGCCGAGCUGUAGGUCCUCUUACCUUCAGAGGCACUGCAGCCAUUGUGCUCAUGGCAGAGGUCUCAGCAGGAGUGGGGGCAGGACAGGCAGGGGCCCUGCUGUGUUGCUGACUCACCAAGUGGUGGGGGGCAGACCCCUAGAUGAGUAGGGCUGUGGCUGAUUUUUUUUUGUUGUUUGGCUACACGCAAGGCACGUGGAAGUCCCUGGGCCAGGGAUCGAACCUAAGCCACAACAGUGACCCGAGUUGCUGCAGUGACAGCAACGCCGGAUGCUUAAUCCACUGUGCCACAGUGGGAACUCCUCUCGGAGUUCCCAUUGCAGCUCAGUGGUAACAAACCCGACUAGGAUCCAUGAAGAUUUGGGUUCAAUCCCCGGCCUCUGUCAGUGGGUUAAGGAUCCAGCAUGCUGUGCGCUGCUGUGUAGGUCACAGACGCUACUUGGAUCCUGCGUUGCUGUGGCUCUUGUGCAGGCUGGCAGCUGCAGCUCCAGUUAAACUCCUAGCCUGAGAACUUCCAUAAUGCUGCAGGUGCAGCCCUUUAAAAAAAAAAAAAAAGAAAGGUUUUUCUUUGUGGAUUUUCUUAAUCUUGGGGUACUAGGUAGAAGGAAGGUGGUAGCCUUGACGGGGUGCGUGUUAACUCCAUGAGACCACCUCCCAGUGUAUUAUUUCCAGGUAGAAGCAUCACAUGGCAGUUGGCAGGUUCAUGAAACAGACAUGCUCUUGCUAUUUCAGCAAACAUCAUCCCAGAAUCUGGGGCUUUGUCUGGGAAGUGAGGCGCUCUCGGGUCUGAACCUGGCCUCAGCCCCUUCGGAACCAUCCUUGGGGAGCAGCUGUACAAGUGGUGGUAGCGACAGCCCCUCUGCCCAUCGCCGUGAAGCAGUGUGGCCCACAACCGGUGGAGCGAGAGCUGAACUCCAAUGUCCAGCAAUGGAUGACGACAGCCUGGACGAGCUUGUGGACCGAAACCUGGGGCCUGCCGGACACCCAAGCCUCAGUCCUGCUGACCUGGCCAGUGACGCUGAAGGAAGCAGUGAUGAGCACAGUGGGGGCUCCGAGGACGACACCGGCGGUGAGCACAGCGACGAGAGUGAAGACGACGACGAGGGGGACCCGGAGGACAGCUCUGGUUCUGAGGAUUCCGAAGACGACGGCGACGACAUGGACACAUUAGUGGCGGCAGCGGAUGCUCAGGGGAAGCCGGAAGCCGGCGGCGCGUUCAGUUCCGAUGAUGAUGCUGAGAGCUGCCCGAUUUGCCUCAAUGCCUUCAGGGACCAGGCCGUGGGGACCCCCGAGAACUGCGCCCACUACUUCUGCCUCGACUGCAUCCUGGAGUGGUCCAAGAAUGCCAAUUCCUGCCCAGUGGAUCGGACUGUGUUUAAAUGCAUCUGUAUCCGCGCUCAGCUUGGCGGGAAAAUCCUGAGGAAGAUCCCUGUGGAGAACCCCAGGCUGGGGGAGCACGAGGAGGAGGACCCCACCUUCUGCGAGGUGUGCGGCCGGAGCGACCGGGAGGACCGCCUGCUCCUCUGCGACGGCUGCGAUGCUGGGUACCACAUGGAGUGUUUGGAGCCGCCUCUCCAGGAGGUGCCGGUGGACGAGUGGUUCUGUCCCGAAUGCACUGCCUCGGGGGCUGCGUCUGCCGCCGCCGACGCGGGUCCCGUGAGUGAGGAGGAGGUGUCCCUGCUCUUGACCGACGUGGUGCCCACCACCAGCCGGCUUCGGCCCCACGCAGGGAGGACCCGGGCCAUUGCCAGGACGCGGCAGAGCGAGAGAGUCCGCGCCACCGUGAACCGGAACCGGAUCUCCACAGCCAGGAGGGUCCAGCACGUCCCCAGGUACCUCAUGUCCUCUCUGCUGGACGAGACCAUCGAAGCCGUGGCCACCGGGCUGAGCACUGCCGUGUACCAGCGCCCUGGGACGCCGCGAGCCCCUGCCCGCCGGAGGAGGAGGACAGGAAGGCGGAAGAAGGUGCCGGGAAGAAAGAAGAGCCAGUCCAGACCGUCGGCGAAGGGCAAGAGCUGCGGGACGAGGCUGAGGAGGCGCCAGAGCCGCGCCAAGAGGAGGAAGGGGCAGAAGGCCAAGAAUGAAGCCACAGCUCGGGCCCGCAUCGCACGGAGACUCUACCUCCAGAGGCCAGCCCACGGAGCCUGCGUCCCCUCGGUGUGCAAGCCCGCAGACCCCUCUCUGGGGCUGAUGCGAGCAGAAAUCGGGGCGGCCUCCCUCUCCCUGUUUGGAGACCCCUAUGAGCUGGACCCCUUUGACAGUAGUGAAGAGGUGUCUGCAAGCCCUGCCUCCCCUCUGAGCGCCAAGAGGAGGAUUCUGUCCCGGUCGGCCCUGCAGUCCCACCAGCCCGUGGCCCGGCCAGUCUCCAUGGGGCUCUCCAGGAGGAGCGCUCCUGCCACAGCCGCCCAGCCGGAGGUGGACUCGGACCCUGUCCCUGACCUCCUGGGGAGCAUCCUGUCCAGCCAGAACCUCCUGAUGAUGAGCAGCGCCGACAUCGUCAUCCACCGCGACGGCUCCCUGAGUGCCAAGAGGGCAGCACCGGUUUCUUUUCAGCGCAGCGCGGUUGGUCCGUCCCGAGGGGGAGCAGGCGCUGGGUCCGGGGCCGGCCUGCAGCCCAGAGGGACUCAGUCGGAAGACAGGCCGCAGAGCUUGGGGGCCACUGGUCCAGGCAGAGCUGCCCUGGGCGCAGCCCCAGCCCCACCCACCCCCACUUGUGUCCCGGCGCUCACAUCGGGGGCAGCCGUGAAACUGGACUCCUCGGUGACCCCUCGGUCGGGCCAGGUUCAGACCUUGUCCAGCGCGAGCAGACCCAGCCUGAGGCAGGAUGAUGGCCCUCAAAUGAACGGCGAGGUCAGGCACUCCCCGCCUCUGAGGUCCACGGCCUCCAAGGGCUCCAGCAGUAGCUCUGACUCGCCUUCUGGGAGCUCGGCGCCAGGACAGGCCCAGAGGCCAGCUCCCAGGAGGGCUGACGUCUCGGAGCUGCCCCGGAUCCCGAAGAGCAGGAGAGACGACAGCCGAGCGGCCGAGGCCCCCGCCGGCGGGCAGCACAUUGAGAUCCCCAGCUCCUGCAUCAGCCGCCUGACGGGCAGGGAGGGCCCAGGGCGGCCUGGCUGUGGCGCCCGGGUGGAGGGCGAGCCCAGCAGCCGGGCCGCCCGGGAGCCCAGCGCAGCCUCAGGGGGCGCCCCCCAGCCCCCCGCCCCGCUGGGGCCCUCGAGGGGGAAGGGCGUGGGCUCCACCUUCGAGAGCUUCAGGAUCAAUAUUCCCGGGAACACAGCCCACUCCAGCCGAGUCCUCAGCCCCGGCUUCUGUAACACCUUCCGGCCUGUGGACAGCAAGGCGCAGAGGAGAGACAGCCCCGCGCCCCUCUUCUCCGUCAGGAAGACGAAGCAGCUCAAGAGCGAGAUCUACGACCCCUUCAACCCCACGGGCUCCGACUCCAGCUCCGCCAGCAGCAGCCCUGAGCAUCUGGGCUCUGGCCUCCUGCCUUCUGAGAUCACCCGGACAAUCUCUGUGGACAGCCCCAAGGCGCCAGCGCUGCCGCCCGUGCGCUGUGUCACAUCCUACACUGUGCAGACCGGCUUUGGGAAGGAGCCCCAGCCUCCCCCAGGGCCCCCCGACGUGCCGGAGCUCCAGAGCCAAGAGGAGCCGGUCGGGGGCCGAGGCGCUGCCGCACAGGCCCAGAGGCUGUCCCCGCAGGAGCCCUGGGGGGGCGAGGACCAGCCACCGCGAAGCUCCUUCUUUGGCUCCGAGGGCCGGACGGUGACUUGCGUGGCUGUGGCAGACCCAGAGGCCCCCCCCAGCCCCAGCGCCCCGCACACCACCACGCACAGGGUCGUGGAGCUGCGGUCUCCAACCCGCUCCCGCUCCACGUCUAGCUCCCGUGGCAGGAAGAAAGCCCAGAGGCAGCAGGCCAGCAGCAGGGAGCACAAGAGGGCCCGCUCGGGCUCGGGCUCGCGAUCGUCCCGCUCUGGGGACCGGAGUUCGAGAUCAGUGUCGCCGGCGGGGGCUGAGGACCAGGCCAAGAGACACCGGCCCAAGGCCCGGAGCCGGAGGUCUUCCAGCGACCGCUCCAGCAGCCACGAGCGAGCCAAGCGGAAGAAGGCCAAGGCCAAGAGCAGGGAGCGGAGGAGGGGCUCCUGGGGCCGGGGCCGGCGGAGGUCCCGCUCCCGCUCCUGCAGCCCCGGCAGCUCCUCCCACGAGCACCGCGAGGGCAGGAGGAGGAAGAGGCGGAGGUCGGGGUCCAGGUCGAGGGGGCGGGAGGGCUCGCCCCCCAGCAGCCUGGAGAGGGGCCGGAGGCCCAGGCACCCCAGGGAGAGGAGGGAGCGGCUGGACAAGGAGGGCGGGGUGCGGCCCCGAGACAGGCGUGGCUCACGCGAGCGGCGGAAGCGCAGGUCCCGGUCGCCCAGCCUGGAGCACAGGCCCCGGGAGCAUCGGCGGCCUCGUUCCCGGGAGAAGCGCCCCCGGCCCCGCGCUCGCUCCCCAGACAAGAAAUUGGCUCCGAAAGAGGCUUCUCCAGUGCCCCCGCCCCAGGGGGAGCCAGGGCCAGACAGGGAGCACCCGGCCAGGCCCCCAGCCUCGGCAGGGCCAGAGGCCUCGCUGGAGGGGCCCGAGCCCGACCCGGCGCCCCCAAAGGCUCCCCCGGUCCAGGAGGUGCCAGCCGAGUGUGCCCCCGAGGACCUGGAUUAUGGCGACUCCGUCGAGGCGGGGCACCUCUUCGAGGACUUCUCCAGUGAAGCCGUCUUCAUGCAGCUCGAGGACAUGAGCUCCCCACCGUCCCCGGAGAGCACAGACUCCUCCCCGGAGCGGUGCCCCCUGCCCAGGCCUGCGCCCCCUGCCAGCCAGCAGCCCGACACCAGCCUGGCCAUGGCCGUCAUCAGAAGGGAGGUGUCGCUGAUCCACGGCGAAGACGCUGGGCCGCCCCUGCCCCAGACAGAGGUUGCUCCAGAGAAGCACUCACUCCAGCCAGACACGGCCGAGGCCACCGCGGGGCCCGGAGCCCCAGGGGGCCAGCCCGCGGGUGGGGUGCUGGUGGGGAAGGAGGAAGGCCCCUCUCAGAGCCCCCUGCUGCGGGCCAGGGCGCUGGUGAAGAGAGUCACCUGGAACCUCCAGGAGGCGGAGGGUGGCGCCCCGGCUGAGGACAGAGGCCUGCGGACGCCACUUCACAGACCUCAGAAGCCCCGGGAAGCGGUCCAGGAGACCGAGGCCGGGGGCCCCGCGGCCGCGCUCCAGCAGGCAGCCUUCUCUGAGCCUCCUCCCCCCGGUCAUGCGCUUCCGGAGCCUGGCUUUCCUGAUGCUGACCCCUCUCAGGUGUACAGCCCCAGCCUGCCUCCUGCCGCGGCUCUGCCUUCGAGCGUCCCGCCCUACGCGCCCGUCAGCCAGCCCGCAGUCCACUUCAUCCUGCAGGGGAGCCUCCCCCUGACGGGGGGCGGGGUGGCCCAGAGCCUGGCCCCAGUGCCCACCAUCCUGACCACAGCCUCAGAGCCAGCUGGCCAUGCUGCUGCUGCCGCCACCGCCACCGCCACCAACAACUCCGAGGAGAGGACGGCUGCUCCCCGGCCAGCCUCAGAGAAGGCCAGGAACGAGGAGUACAUGAAGAAGCUGCACGUGCAGGAGCGGGCAGUGGAGGAGGUGAAGCUGGCCAUCAAGCCCUUCUACCAGAAGAGGGAGGUGACCAAGGACGAGUACAAGGACAUCCUGCGGAAGGCCGUGCAGAAGAUCUGCCACAGCAAGAGCGGGGAGAUCAACCCCGUGAAGGUGGGCAACCUGGUGCGGGCCUACGUGGACAAGUACAGGCACAUGCGCAGACACCGGCGGCCCGAGGCCGGCGAGGAGCCACCCGCCCAGGGCGCCGAGGGCUGAGCCCGCCUGGCGUGCCGCGUGCGGUGGCGGCAGCGGAGCUCUCCAGGGCACCCAGCGCUCCUGUUUCCAGGGUUCCUGCAAUCACACGUGGGCUGUGCUCCUGUCUUGCUCACAGUUGAAAACUGGACUUUUUUAUAUGUAUAUUAUAGAUACACACUGUUCCCAUUGUGUUCUAAUUUAUCAAAAAUGGAUUAUCUUUAGAGACA